CGUGAUCAACUCGCCCCCGCACCGCACCGUCUCGCCCAGCGACGCCCGUACCCCGCACGUCGUCCGUCACAGCGACCUCGCCGCACUCAUCAACGUCAAGCUCUCAUAAGGGACAGGUUCGCCGCCACUUCUCUCCCAUCGCCGCCGGCAUCGACCAGUGAUCACUACUCGAACAGAACCGCUCUCAACGCUCGGCAUCCACCAUGGCUACUGCGCCCCCUACUCAACAUGAUCCCACCCUCUCACACAUCUCUGCCGGACCGCCCCCGCCUCAGUCCGCCUCUGGCGCACAGCCCGCGCCAGGUAUGCCAGGCGGCGAGGUCCCACCUGGUAUGCCCGUUGGUCUCGCCUCCGCACAGGUGAUGGAGUUGCUGAGGAAUCUGCCUGGGAUCAACUUGCCUAGGGGUGACCUGAAGGACACAGCUGCUGUGGAAGCCCUCCAGAAUCUUGCGCAGACAACAUUCCAGGGACAUCCUCCACAUCCAGGUCACAUCCCCCACCCCCAGCAACCUCCUCCGCCGCAUUACAUGGUCCACCCUCAACAGCACCCGCAUUCCCACGUCAUGGCUAACGAGCCCGGGCCCUCUUCUCAUCCUCGCGGACCUCCUAACCUCGGCCAACUCGCCAACACUGCUCUCCAGAACUCUCCAUCAAACGCCCAGCCAACCAUGCGCACGCGUAGCCAGGAUGGCGUGCCAGACGGCGUUCCCUCUGCGGGAGAUGGCGAAGCUGCGUCUGCUGCCAACGGUGGUUCGGGCGGGGAGGGGGAUUCAACAGAGAAGGUUGGUGCGGUGAAGUCUGCGACAGCGGGACGGAGGGGAGGUCGAAACGCGACUAUGUCGAAUGACGAAUGGACGAGACAGAGAAAGGAUAACCACAAAGAAGUUGAGCGCCGGCGGCGCGGCAACAUUAACGAGGGGAUCAACGAGCUUGGACGCAUCGUGCCGAACGGGUCGGGCGAGAAGGCCAAGGGCGCGAUCCUCUCGCGCGCAGUUCAGUACAUUCACCACCUAAAGGAGAAUGAGGCGCGCAACAUCGAGAAGUGGACACUCGAGAAGUUGCUCAUGGACCAGGCGAUGGGUGAUCUCCAAGCGCAGCUCGAAGAGAUGCGCCGGAUGUGGGAGGAGGAGCGCAUCGCGCGCCAGCGCGCCGAGAGCGAACUCGAGGUGCUCAGGGGACUCCAACAGGGACUGCCCCUCGGCGCAGCUGCUGCUGCUGCUGCAGCGGCGGUGGCAGCUGCGAAUGGAAAUGCGCUGUCGUCGACCGGUGAAGGCGCUGGUAACAAGACGGCCGACACGUCCGCAAGCUCACCUAACGCUGACAAGACCAAGUCGCCCAAGUCCCCCGAUACACAAAAGGAGGGUGGCAAGCGAGAUAGAGAAGAUGCACAGCAGGGUACGGCCGCUGCGUUAGGCGAGCAGUCCGGAGAGGUCGAGGCGAAGAGGCCGCGGAUUGAGUGAAGGUCGCCCCCGGAUGCUUCUCGACGUUCAAGCUUUCUUCCUUCUUCUUUCUUCGUGUCUCUGUGUGAUCGUCCGCUGUCCUCAUGUUGUCGGUUCUUGUUGGGCCAGCUCGGCUGUCCUCGCACGGUGUUGGGACGUUGGAAACGUUAAUGUCCAUUAUGUUGAUGAGCGCUAUGCCUGCCUCUUGUAUGUCGCAUGUGUACUUGUAGUGAAUGUCGAUUUUCUCCGCUUGCAGGACAUGCAACGAUCGAUUUCUAUUAGAGUUACACGAUGCGAUGAAUUCCUACACAAGCACACUGCCACCAAUUCAUGUCGUACUCC